GAAAGUUCGUUUGUUGGUYCAUCAAAAUUCUGUUCUUUCUUUUCUGUCUUUGUUACUGUAGUCGUAAUUCACUGUAGUGGACCAAGCACUUUAUGUAUAUACACGUUCAUAAGUUAGGUUCUGUCCACCAGUCACAUUGGAUAGAGCUUUGGACGGUUAUUCCUCAACUUUUCAUUUCCGUGCGGCUUUUUACAUAACAUUGACGUUCGUUUUGUUGUGGAUUUCGCUGUCGAUUUACAUAGGAUAGUGGUUUUAGGUUGUUAGAUAUCUUACAAUAUUCGUUUUGGGUUGUUCUUCACUCGCUCUCAGGGCCUUCAAAAAGUGAAGAAAUGCAAUCCAUACAUCCACAUCAGCUAGCUGAAUGUAUUAUUGGACGUUUGCAAAAGCUUCUUAUCAUAGAMAGUAGAUCAUUCUUAGAGUACAAUGAUGGACAUGUUAUUCAAUCUAUUAAUAUUGGUUGCUCAAAGCUGGUUAAACGUAGACUAAUUUCCAACAAAGUCACGAUUCAUGAACUGAUAAAAGGAACAAUGGAGGAUUCAUUAGAAAGUGAUAAAAUUAUUGUUUAUGAUCAAGAAACCUUUGACACUGAUGCAUUAUCAAAAGAUAACUUCAUGUAUGUGGUAUUGAACAAAUUGGUUAAAGGAUUUAAADAUGUUUGUUUUCUUAAAGGUGGCUUCUCGUACUUCUCCAAAAACUUUCCAGAUCUUUGUGAAUCGCAUUCUAGUGCAUCUCUUCACUGCAGCCCAAGAACAGUUCUGUCUCAGCCUUGUCUUUCUUCAGAGUUUGAAGCACCUUCACAUAUUCUUUCAUUUCUUUACCUUGGGGCACAAGAACAUUCAUUGGAUUCAAAUUUCAGAGAUUCCAAUGGCAUUGAUUUUGUGUUAAAUGUUAGUUGUGCUUGUCCAGCUCCUAAAAACCUAGAAAACACUUCACACUACAUGAGAAUACCAGUACGGGACUCUGUCCAGGAGAAUAUUAUUGAUUGGUUACCAAGUGCAUUUGAGUUUAUAGAUAAAGCGCGUGAAGCCAAUAGCCGAGUUUUGGUGCACUGUUUUGCUGGCAAGUCAAGAUCUGCAACAAUAGCCAUUGCUUAUGUUAUGAGACACUUAGGAUUGUCCUUGGAUGAGGCCUACAGGUUUGUUAAAGAGAAAAGGCCAACCAUUUCACCAAAUCUUAACUUCAUGGGACAGCUAGUGCAAUUUGAAAAGGACCUGAACAUUUCCCAUGAUGCUAAGAAAGGUGGAUUUCAUCACCACCUGAUGAAUAGCGGCAGUCUCACGCAACUAGCAGCUAAUGUUUGAUUUGAUAUUGGUUUUUAUAAUAUUUUACGUUUUGUUGAUAACAACCCCUGGUCUGCUUGGCUAUUCAAAUCCCCAUUCACUUCUCCUAGUAACAGAAGAUGCCUCUUUUAGAUUCCAAGACAGUCACUGUUGUAGUUGGUGUAAGAAUGAUCUGUACGCAUUCCCUCUAAAGCAUCACAAUCCCUUGCAAAACAAU